AUGGCGCCUGUUUCCCCCGAAGAUACACCGGACAUCCUACAGUGGAAUUGUCGAGGUCUUCAAGCCUGUGCAUCAGAAUUGAAUCUUCUAUUCGAGCGUAUAGGUUAUCCCAGCAUUCUUUUGCUGCAGGAGACCAAGGGAACAUCUCCGGGUCUUCAUCACUACAAAGCUCUGUUUUCUCCCAGCAUCACGCAUGCUCAUUAUGGACAGAAGAAAAUACAAGCACAAUCCGCCAUUCUUGUACAUAAAGACACACCGAAUGCGCAGCUGGACACCGCCACCUUUUGCACACCACAUCAAGAAAUUGUGGCAGCGAAAAUACGCUACAACAACAAGCACAUAGUCAUCGCUAGCGCAUACUACAGACCAUCGGCAAAACCACAGGAUACAAAUUUUGAUUGGUUAUGGCAGCUGAAACACGCCUACCCAAGGGAUGCCAUUCUGGUAGGUGGGGACUUCAAUGCGCCGCAUGAAACAUGGGGCUACCGAAACUCAAGCUCAAUAGGAACAAGACUUAAUACAGCCACGGAAAAGGCAGGGCUUUUAUUGGCCAGUGAUAUAGACUAUCCCACGCGACGCGGUAUGCAACCUGGGCAACGUGACACGAUUCCAGACCUGACCUGGCACUCUGGAAACAUCAUUAAGGAUUGGCGGUGCGGCCAUGAGACAAUGGGUAGUGAUCAUUACCCAAUUUGGAUUGAGUUGAACUCGACUCUCAGAAAACGAAGACGCACUACUCAAACAGUCAAUUGGCAAAAGUUCAGAGAGGCACUCGAUGGACGUCUAGAGGAACUUCCUGUUGAGCACCUCCUGCGCAGGGCCAAAGAACAAGCCACCACUACCACACUGGUGACAACAGAUGUCCCCACACCAGAUACCCACCUCCUCAAUCUCUGGGAGAGCAGGAAGCAGGCAGAGCAAGAAUACAUAUUAUCAAAAAAGGAUUAUAAAAAAUUGCUGACUUUGCGCAAAAGAACAGCAGAGGCGAGACGAUACGCUAAGCAGCUCACCCGGGAGAAAUGGCUAGACUUCUGUAGCACUCUGUCACACCGUUCCGGUACAGGGCGCUUGUGGCGCACCUUCCGAGCUAUGAAUGGUCAAAAGAAGACUAGGAAUAACAUAGAGAACAUCCUGAUCCGCACCGGUCAGACCGUCGAUGAACUAGAGCAUGAUGCAGCAUACACCUUUUUCCCGCAGCCCGUUCAUUUGCCACCAUACGAUAUCUACACCCCUCUGCCGUCUGAGAACUCCGACGGCAUCAAUGCUCCAUUCAGCCUGUUUGAGUUGGAGCUAGCCCUUUCGCAAGUGAAGCGGAACAGUGCCCCAGGAAAAGACGGGAUCUCCUGGAGCAUGCUCCGCAACGCAGACACAAAUACUAAGCACAAGCUCCUAGAGUUGAUAAACAAGCAUUGGCAAGACGGCUCCCUUCCUAAGCACUGA